AGCUCAGGCCCCACCCCUCGCAGGGGGCGGGGUUUUCUCCACUCUUCGCCAUGACGAACAAAUGACCGCGCGGGGAAUGAGAUUGAAGUUCCAGCGAGGCGAGCGCGUUCUCUGCUUCGAGCCCGACCCCACCAAGGCCCAAGUGCUCUAUGAUGCCAAGAUUGUUGAUAUUAUUGUUGGAAAAGAUGAGAAGGGCAGAAAGAUUCCAGAAUAUCUGAUCCAUUUUAAUGGUUGGAACAGAAGCUGGGAUAGAUGGGCAGCUGAAGAUCAUGUUCUUCGUGAUACAGACGAAAACCGCAGAUUACAACGUAAAUUGGCAAGAAAAGCUGUAGCUCGCAUGAGAAGAAAGGGAAGGAAGAAGAGAUGUUGUCGAUUGCCUGGUGUUGACUCUGUGUUAAAAAGCCUUCCUGCUGGAAAUGAUGAGAGUAGUGAAAAUUCUAUAAGUAGUUCUUCUGAUGACAGUGAUGAAGGAACAGAUGAAGAAAUAAAAAGUGAAGAAAGUGACAUUGAAGAGAGGACAGACAUGAAAGAAGAACAAGAGAUUCACACUAAAAGGGAUAUGGAAAAAAGAGCAAUAAGCAUAGAAAUUCCUGAAGUUUUGACAAAAAAGCUUGAAGAAGACUGUUAUUAUAUUAACAGGAGAAAACGGCUAGUGAAACUGCCUUGUCAGAGAAAUAUAAUAACUAUCUUGGAGUCGUAUGUGAAGCAUUUUGCCAUAAAUGCAGCAUUUUCAGCUAAUGAACGAUCUCGGCACCAUCAAAUGACUUCACAUGUCAACAUGAACCUUCAUUACGUCCCACCAGAAAAGAAUGUUGAGUUAUGUAAAGAAAUGGUGGAUGGACUGAGGAUAACUUUUGACUUCAUUCUUCCAUUGAUCUUGCUCUAUCCCUAUGAGCAAGCACAGUUUAAGAAGGUGACUUCAUCCAAAUUCUUUCUUCCAAUCAAAGAAAAUACAGCAAACACUAACAGAAAUCAGGAGGAGCUAUCCCCGAGUCCACCUCUGCUGAAUCCACCAACUCCUCAAUCCACAGACAGUCAGCCUACAACAGGAGAGCCAGCAACACCCAAGAGGCGAAAAGCUGAGCCUGAAAUGCUACAGUCUCUGAGGCGUUCUACACGUCAUACAUCGAACUGUGACAGGUUGUCAGAAAGUAGUGCAUCUCCACAACCUAAACGGCGGCAUCUCGAUACGCCUGCUUCAAUGCCAAAACUGUUUUUGCAUCUGGAAAAGAAAACGCCGGUCCAUAGUGGGUCGUCAUCACCUAUCACUCUGACCCCUAGCAAAGAAGGGAGUGCAGUAUUUGCUGGCUUUGAAGGUAGAAGAAAUAACGAAUUGAAUGAGGUGUUGUCUUGGAAACUGAUGCCAGAGAACUAUCCCCAAAGCGAUCAGCCACCUCCUCCUUCUUACAUCUAUGGAUCUCAGCAUUUGCUACGGAUGUUUGUUAAACUUCCAGAGAUACUGGGGAAGAUGUGCUUUCCUGACAAAAAUCUAAAAGCUUUGUGCCAGGAAAACUGGACGAUUCUCCAUCACUUUCCUCAUCUUUCAUUUCUUAUUUUCAGGUUUCUAGCAGAAUACCAUGAUGACUUCUUCCCAGAGUCUGCUUAUGUAGCUGCAUGUGAAGCUUACUAUAGCACCAAGAAUCCUCGGGCAAUCUACUGAAGCUUUUAGUGAACAAUAAAUCCUACUGUACGUAGCCCACGGUUAUUGCUGCUUUGCCACAUAGCUACGAGAUGAAGAUGAAAGGGAAUUUGAAUGGCCUUUUUCAGAUACGAAGAAAGGAGUUGCUUCUAUGACUACUGGAUUCGUUAGCAGAGAUGGAGCACGUCUUGUUUCAGAGCCGUGCAAAGAUUACAUUCUGAAUUGCUCCAAGUGUUGCAUGUAAGCUGCACUGCUAGAAGAAACCCUGCACUGAUUUCUAAUGCAUAGGACUGCAUAUAGUUCUUAUUAAGAAGGGUGGGGGGGAAAGCAGGUGCAUUAGCAGUGGGACAUUUUCAUGAAAACAAAUACCACAUGCCGUCUUUCAUUUUAACGUGAACUGUUUUCAGCAUGAAAAGUAGAACUGGCUUCACUCUCGUGUAAGGAGAAUGCAUAACUGGCAUCCAGUGGAUUUCGUUUCACACACAGAACCCAUACUUCAUUUUGUGCAACGGUCACGGCAGGAAAGAGUGCUGCAUAUAGAGGAAGAAUUGCAUAGCUAUUUUAUUGUCCUGGUCUCUGAGUCAAGGAAGUAGUUUUCUGCGGCUUAAGUGAAAAAUGUUGCUUGCUUUUUCUUUUAAAAAGGUAUCUGUUUUUUACUCAUAGUAGGUUGCCACUGUUACGAGUGCAGACCUCACCCGUGAUUCAUCUUAUCCAUGUCUGAAUGAUUCCUAAAGGCAUCAAAAAACAGGAUGUUCUAACAGGUUCUCACAGAGGAAGCAUAGAGUGAAUAAAGUGACAGCAAUUACUUUUGACAAACUUUUUUCUUAAUAAAGAAACUGGUUGGUAA